AUCCGCUCAGCGAAAUCUGGAAGUGACUGGACAAGGAACGAGCUAGCUGCUUACCACAUCGAGUGCCAUCGCGAAGAACCGCUCGCGUUUUUCGGUGUUCAGGCCUUACCGCAGCCACUUGUUGACCCUGAGCUCCUCACUUCCCUCGAUGCAGCACAAGCAGCCGAUGAUCGGAACGCUGAGCUUCUCAAUCUUUUAGAUAUGGCGAAUGCACCCCGCUCGGGCGAAUCUGCGGUUGACGAUUUUGCGGCUGGGCUGUUCAGGGCCCUCGGUUACGCUAGACGCAACCGAGUCGUUCACACGCGAAAAACCGAUGUCUGCAUAAUAGAUCGUGAUCAAAACGAUAUUCUUUUGCUCGUUCAGGAGGACAAACGUUACGAGGAAGGUGACGGCGCAGACCCUGAAGCGCAGCUAAUCGCAGAAGCUAUAGCCGCAUUCGACACCAACAACAAGCAGAGAGUCAGAGCCGAUCUGGAUUCACUUGACGAAAAGAUAAUGCCUGGCAUCACGAUGAUGGGCACGGCGCCGACAUUCUACAAGAUCCCCGUCACAAAUGAUUUGCAACAGCAUGUGGCUCAGGGCACUUACCCCCCCAACCCCACCUGCGUCAUGUUCUGUCAGCCACCGGUACCUCGACCUGCUCGCCGGUAUAGUGAGGGAAUGAAGCCCCUCGAUAACAGGUGUCAGAUCCUUAGUUGUUACGAGGCUUUCAAGACCAUUAUUGGAAUCUGAUCUCACACUGUUUCAGGAACACAU